AUGGUGGUUAAGCCCUCUGCAGAAUUUUAUGUCCAUGAAGACUUAGUUAAUGACGAGGCUUCUGAGAUCAGUUUUCAGUCAAAUGUGUCUGGAAUGGCAGUUUCUAAUGCUUCAUCUGCUACAAUAUCCUUAUCUUGGAACAGGAGACUUCACAGUAUGAAAUGUGGACCAUCUAAUUCAUUUACGUGUUUUAAUGGAGGUGAGUGUGUCUACAGAGAGCUGUGCAACUGCAGUCGGUUUAAUGCAACUGGACCAAGAUGCCAGACAGUGUAUAAUACAGGUGCUGAAAGAGAUCAUAUAUGCAGAACAUGGGGCCAAUAUAAUUUCGAAACUUUUGAUGGACUCUAUUAUUAUUUUUCUGGGAAAUCCACAUAUGCGCUUGUGAGACAUACUGAAUUAGAUGAACAGAGUUUUUCCAUACAGGUGAAUAAUGAUCCUGAAUGCCAUUCUUCUCCUUACUCCUGCAAAAGGUCCAUUAGUUUAUUCUUUUCUGGAGGUGAACAGAUCAAGAUGAGCAGUGAAGUCACCUAUAAAGGAUUUGGAGUACAGUUACCUUAUAGUAUUGGAAACUUACACAUCCAGAAGCUAGCUGGAUACUUCCUAGUCAGGCACCAGUAUGCCUUUACUCUGGCUUGGGAUGGUAAGUCUGCAGCGUAUAUCAAAAUGGCACCAGAGUAUCUGGGCAAAACACAUGGACUGUGUGGAAACAAUAAUGCUAUCCUGCAGGAUGAUCUUGAAACUAGUUAUGGAAAACUGACAGAUGAUGUAACAGAAUUCGUAGAGAGUUGGCAGGAAAAUCCUCCAGAAGGAACACCCAAUUGGGAUAAAUCUCUUCUCAAUGAACCACCCUGCCUGACACAAAGCCAUGAAUCUCUACAGAGGGCAUACACUCUGUGUAAUAUCCUGUUACAUACCCCGUUUGAACAAUGUCAUGAAUAUGUGAGUCCGGUUCCUUUUAUGGCAAGCUGCGCCAAUGAUCUUUGCAUGUCAGCAGUUGAUAAUGCAACUUGGUGUCGAGCACUAACUGAAUACGCCAGGGCAUGUGCCCAAGCAGGAAAGCCACUUCAUGGAUGGCGAAUGCACUUUCAGCAGUGUGUUAUUACCUGUGCUGAACCCUUGACCUACAAUGAAUGCAUCAGUUGUUGCCCUGUUUCAUGUCAUCAACAAUCACAGUGCAUUGACAGUGAGCUUCCCUGCAUUGAUGGAUGCUACUGUCCAGAUGGCUUAAUUUAUGAAAAUGAUUUGUGUGUCAAACCUGUGGACUGUCCUUGUGACUACCAUGGAAGUUUCUUUGAAAUGGGUUCAGUGGUUUAUGAGGAAUGUAAUAACUGCACUUGCACUGGAGGAAAGUGGAUUUGUACAAAUCUUACAUGUCCAGCUGAAUGCUCAGUUUCAGGAGACAUUCAUUUCAUGACAUUUGAUGGGCGCAAAUAUACUUUCCAAGCUACUUGCCAAUAUAUUCUAGCAAAAAGCCGUACGUCUGAAGCGUUUACCAUAUCCUUGCAAAAUGCUCCUUGUGGACAGAACCAGGAUGGAUCAUGUAUCCAAUCAAUCAGCUUUAUUCUUAAGCAGGACCCCAAGAGGCAAGUGACUCUGACUCAUUCAGGAGAUGUUUUGGUAUAUGACCAAUACAAAAUUAACCUGCCUUACGCAGAUGAGUUAUUUGAAAUACGGAAACUCUCCUCUGUAUUUCUGCAAGUAAAGACACACAUUGGAUUACAGAUGCUGUAUGACAGAGAAGGAAUGAGGCUUUACCUUCAAGCUGAUGGACGGUGGAGAGAUGAUACUGUGGGCCUUUGUGGAACCUUCAAUGGAAAUACGGAGGAUGAUUUUUUAUCUCCAGUUGGAGUAACUGAAAGCACUCCAGAGCUGUUUGGAAACACAUGGAAAACUUCAUCGGCGUGCAUUUUUGUGCAUGACAGUUCACAAAUGGAUCCGUGUGAUAUUCAUCUGCAGGCAGCCUCUUAUGCAGUGGAAGCUUGUAGCAUCCUUACGAAAGAACUUUUUGCUCCAUGCUACCCCUAUUUGAGUCCUGUUCCCUAUUUUGAGCAGUGCAGAAGAGACACUUGCAAAUGUGGACAGAUUUGUUUUUGCUCUGCUCUGGCCCAUUAUGCUCAUCAUUGCCAAAGAUUUGGAGUUGUAAUAGAUUUCAGAGGAGUUGUCCCAGACUGCGCUCUUUCAUGUGAAGAUACAAAGGAGUACAGUACUUGUGUAUCUACCUGUGGCAGAACCUGCCAAGCACUGUCUGUGCCAGAGACAUGCAGCAGUGAUUGUGUUGAAGGCUGUGCUUGUCCCUCUGGAAUGUAUUUGAAUUCCAAGACUGAACGAUGUGUACAGAGAAAUGAAUGUCCGUGUUAUUUUCAAGGAAUUGACUAUUCCCCUGGAGAAAAUGUUAUGACAUCUUUGGGCAAAUGCCAUUGCAGGGAUGGAGUAAUGAAUUGUGAUAACAACAUAAUAGCACACAGCUGCCCAGUUGGACAGAUUUAUAUUAACUGCAGUAAUCCACAAGUUGAUCCUGAACUUAGCAGAGAGAGAACUUGUGAGAAUCAGCUGCUAAACCUCACUUUCUCAGCACACCUUCCUUGUGUUUCAGGUUGUGUCUGCCCACUGGGCAUUUGCCAGCAUGGAUCAUUCCAAUGUACCUUCCAUCCUUGCCCAUCAAUGUGUACUGCGUAUGGGGAUCGGCAUUACAGAACGUUUGAUGGACUAACAUUUGACUUUGUUGGAACUUGUAAGGUUUACCUAGUUAAGGGUACUUCAACCAGUUUUUCUAUUAUUAUAGAGAAUAUUAAUUGCUUUAAUACUGGAAUCAUUUGCAGAAAAAACAUUUUCAUUAAUGUUGGAAAAUCUUUUUUAAUAUUUGAUGAUGAAACUGGAAAUCCAAGCUUAUCUAGUUACGUAGAUGAACUACAGAAAAUACAGUUAUGGAAAGCUGGUUUUUUCACUGUUGUUCAUUUUCCUGAUGAGCACACCACCAUUCUUUGGGAUCAGAGAACAACAGUUCAUGUACAGAUGGGUCAUCAGUGGCAGGGUGAAUUGACUGGAUUAUGUGGAAAUUUUGAUUUGAAGACAGUAAAUGAAUUGAGGACUCCAGAUAACUUUGAAUUAACAAACUCACAAGAGUUUGGAAACAGCUGGACAGCUGUAGAGUGUGUUGACAGCUCUGACAUUCGAAAUCCAUGCGGUUUGAAUCCCCUUAGAGAGCCAUUUGCCAAGAAGGAAUGUGGAAUACUGUUAAGUGAAGCAUUUGAAGCUUGCCAUCCAGUGAUUGACGUCACCUGGUUUUACUCAAACUGCUUGACAGAUACAUGUGGUUGUAACCAAGGAGGUGACUGUGAGUGUUUCUGUACAAGUGUAUCAGCAUAUGCACAUCAGUGCUGCCAGCAUGGAGUUGCUAUAGACUGGAGGUCCCCUAGAAUGUGUCCUUAUGAUUGUGAAUAUUUCAACAAAGCUCUGGGAAAGGGUCCAUACAAACUGGUCAGCUAUUUGGAUGGAGAAUUUGUAAUGGCAGGGAAAAUGGGGGGGGGGGUUGUUUUCCCAGUGAAAGAAGAUGAUGUUGUUCCUGGACAUGCAGUGGGCUUUAUGCUGACUUCAGGACUUUAUAAACCCAAAGCACAUGAUUCCAACUUGAUUUCAUUUGAAGCAGCUGAGAGACCAAACUAUUUUCUUCAGUUGGCCUCUAAUAAUACUCUUGUUCUUUCUAAAUGGGAAAAAAGCGAAGAGUUUCACAACAGAUCUACAUAUGUCAUUCACAAGAAUACAUGGCUUUCAGGAUACAGUUCCUUUGAGUCAUUUGCAAAACCAGGAUACUUCAUCCACGUUUCAGCCUCUUCAGUUGAGCUUUUGAAGUACCAUCAUUCAGAGGAGUUCAGACUGUCGACCCUUUUUAAACUUGUAGAUGUCAAAUUUAAAUUUCUGUCCCGUUCUGCAUGUGAAUGGCAUUAUGAUGCCUGUACAAGCCCUUGUUUCAAGACGUGCAGGGACCCUUUGGGAAAAAACUGUCAAGCAGUACCAAAGGUGGAAGGAUGCAUCCCUGCCUGUCCUCUCAAUAUGUUGCUGGAUGAAAUUACUCAAAGAUGCGUGUAUUUUGAAGACUGCAUUGAACCUGCAGAUGAUAGUCCACCUUUGAUACCCAGCAUUCGAACACCAGCAGUUUCACACGUAACAUCAACUACAAGUUUGGCAGUGAUCAGUGAAGCGGUAACUUCAUUUCUUGUACCUGAAGCAAAGGACAUGGAAACAACACUUGCUUCAAAAUUGCAACUCAGUGCAACUACAGGGGAAACUGAAUUUUCAGCUGUGACAUCUAAUACAACACUUCCAACCAAAACUUUAUCAUCAAAUAUUUCUUCACAGUCAACAGAAAUGACAUCUGGGAGAAGCACUACAGCGACAUCUAGGACAACAAAAUCUAAUGUAAGCUUGUCUUCUCCUGUUGACAUUUCUCCAUUUUUUCCAUCUACUGUCAGUUCAGAAACUUCCACAAAGAUAAAACUGAUCAGUAGUGGUUCCACUAAGCUAUUGAGGGCUACAGAACCUCAGACAGUAACUGCUACACACGCAGUGACUACAAGCACAGAAUCAGAAAGCAAACCAGUUUCUAUUUUUAUUUUUACUGGAACACCACUUAUACUUAGAACAACAGAAAUGCCAGUCAAAACUAAAAUAAUGGAAAUAUCAGAAAUAGCCACAAGAACACUUCCCACAAAAGAAGCACAAGUAAAACCAGAAGGACUUACAGCAUUUACACCCAGUUCAUUUGAAUCAAUAACAGAAAAAACUACUGUGUAUUUGCCCCAGUUUUCCACAUCACCACCUCUGGGCAUGCCUUCAUAUACACCACCAGUAAACCUAACAGGAACUUCAGAAGGGACAAAAAUAAGCAUAGGACAGUCUUUUACCACAGUAACUAAUGUUACAGUAACAUCACUUUCUCCUGUGAUCACUACUUUGUCUUCAGCAACAACAAAAGCAGCAAUUGUUUUAACUGAACAAAGCAUGAAGACUACAUUUUCACCAACAUCCACACCACCUAUUUCAUUAGGAAAGGCAAUUACAGAACCUCCUAUUGAAAUGGUUCAACACCUGACGGGUGCUGCAGAGGUACCUUUCACUACAACUCUAGGUCCAAAGACAACUCUGCAAACUCAAAAGAGGUCAUCAGAAACAACUUCGUUAUCAUUUACAACUCAUAAAAAGGAAACUCCCGAAACAACAUCUCAUGUGGAGCAUACAUCAAGUUCCUAUUUCCCUCCACGUUCACUACAUCCUAGUUCUACAACUGAAAAAUCCAUCACUUUUUCUACAAAAAGACCUUCAGUGUCUGUUCCUACUCCUGCUUCUCCAGCUUCAGGUGAAUUAAAAAAAACAUUCAAAACUGUUUCAACUACAGGUUAUCCCUUACACACAGUUCUAAACACAACAGAGUUCUUGACUACGUUAUACACUAAAUAUCCCAUUGUGGCUGAGACUACCAGAGUGACACCCUUGUCUGUUGAGGUAACAUCCAAAAUAACAUCCCCUUUUGAAUUAGGAGCUAAGCCAACUUUGUUUUCUGGAAAAACAUCUACCGAAUACAAGUCAACUCUGGUUUCAAGUGCAGCGAAGACCAGCACUUUAGCAUAUUCAGGUAGUGUUACCACAUCAGCAAUGAAAGCCUCUAUCUCAUCAAAAGAAACCACCACAGUUCCUUUUGUAGCUACAGAAAGAGAGUCAGCUCAAAGAACAUCUGUCACCGGAUCUCCACUUGCUCUCCUUAGUGCAACUGAAACCACAUUGUUGACAACACAGCCUGAUAAAUCACAAGUGGAAAGAAUUACUAGCAUCUCUACUAGAAAGCCAUCUGCUUUCCCUUCUUCACCAUCACAUUCUCUAAUCUCUUUAAACAUUUCUCUUCCUUCACUACCCUCAUAUGGAAAAGAAGCAUCACUGACAGCUCUCAGUCCUGUGCAUACAUCCCAUGUUACGCUUCCAGUAACAAAGUCUUCUUACGCUUUCUCCACCUCUCAGUAUCUAGCAGAUAAAUUGGUUUCUUCACCUUCUUUAACACAGAUGAUACCAGAAGUAACAACCACACCAAAAUAUCCAGUAGAAACUAAAAUAGUUUCUACAGCAUUGAAAUCUACAGUCCAAAGUAUAACAGAUACAGUAAAACUUACAGCACCUACAGCUCAGCCAUCUUUUCCUCUGUCUUCAGUAGGCUCCUUCUCUUGGCAGACAUCUUCCAGAGAUAAACUUUCAGUACAGACCACAAAGACCAUAGCUAUACCACAUUUUUCUACUCAGAAGGCUAUGGAACUUGGUCGUCAGACUUCUGAGCCUUUGUUGACGAGCCAAAGGAGUACCCCAAUUUACCAGUAUCCUGCAGCAACUCUAACAAAAUCCACUGGUCAGCCACAACGUGUCUUUAGCACAACUGAAGCUACAGUAGAAUUGACUUCUUCAUACCCUUUAAUCACCUCACUACCUGAAGGCAUUCAUUCAAGCAUAUUACCUACAUCAGUAGGUCCUACACAAGUUAUUUUACCAACUGAAAAAGAGUUGCAUUUAACUGAUUCAGUCACACAGCCGUAUGUAUCAGGAACUACUUCUGUUUUGCAGUCUACAGUCCAAACUAGAACAACAGCUGACUUGAUUUUUGGCACCAGAAUUCUCCCUUCCUCACCAGAAGUGCUUGCAGCUUCCUCUUCUUUAGCAACGAUGAAAAAAGAAGCGUUUCCUUCAUUUUCUAUACAAAAGACAAGUACUGGUCUAAAAUUCACAUGGCAGGCCUCAUUUACUGAAUCACUUGAUUCAAGUCAAACACUUGAAACAACUACAGCUUCACCAGAAUCCAAGUCAACAUCUUCAUCAGUUUUGUUACCAGAAAAAACAGAAGUUCCCAUCGUGAUGGUGAGUGGGCCAUCCACAUCAAUGGGCAAAAGUGGUACAGAGAAAACUGCGGUAUUGCCUAAGCAAGUCACACUUCCAACCACCGCCUACAGUUCCACAUUUCUAGCUAGUACGUUGUCAUCGGCUAUGGCCCGUUCAUCAGUUGCAGCUUCAGCCUCUUCAAUGAUAAGCAGUACUGGGCAAAACAUUAGUAUUGUAUCAGCAACUUCAGACAAGGCAGAAGCAGUAACAGAAUCCAUCACAAGCUCUGUGAAGCCCACCUAUUUUUCUGUUAUUUCAGAAGCAAAAGGAGCCAUGCCCCUUGAUACAGUAAAAUCUGAAGAGCCAGAAUUAACAACAGAAGUCCAAGCUGUCCAUACUCAAGGUGCUACCAUUACGCCAGAAACAUCUCAGACAUUUUACUCUCCAUAUUUCACAAACACAACUGCAGUUCCUUCUAAUAUAAGUGCAUCAGUACUGUCCACUGUACAUUCGUCCUCUGAACCGAAACCAUUUUCUUCUAUAGCUGCGUCAUCGGUCAGUACUACUCAAACUUCAAAACUUGAAGUAUCAUCUGAGGUGCAAACACAUUCUGUGAGUUCACUGCUAACGAUAUCUGACCAUCCAAAUGACACAAUGGCUCCAUCAGUUUUCUCAUUUGCCCAUUUAUCUACCAAACCACUUUAUGGCUUGACUACAACGUUUUCUGAUGGACUGGCAACGGCUGAAGCCGUGUCAGGAGUCACAGCAUCAGCUUUUAUGCUGCCUAGAGAAACAGCAACUCUUCAAACUUGUACGCCAAUCACAGAGAAUGAGUGCAUAAAACACAUUUGCUUGGAUGGACAACUGAUCCAAGUUAAUAAAUCGCAGAACUGCCCAUACAAUGCAACUCAACCCAGCUGCGGAGUUUUAGGAUUUGCUACUCAAAUGAAUGGUGACAAAUGCUGCCCAAAGUGGGAAUGUGCAUGUCGUUGCACAAUUUUCUCUGAUCUGAGCAUUGUAACCUAUGAUGGAAAUCAUUUGGCUUUAUUCAAAGAAGCGUCCUACGUUGUUAGUCAAACUCGAGAUGAAAUUAUAACCAUCCAUGUCCUUGACUGUAGAAUGAGUAACUCAAAUUCAACUUCUUUGUGCCUGGCAAUGUUGAAUUUAACCUAUGUAUCAAACCAAAUUAUUAUCAAUAUCAAUCGUUAAAGUAGAAAAAUAACAGUAAAUUCAAGAUUUGCUUGGCCUACUGUUAGAAAAUACGGUUACAAAGUCGAGGAUUCAGGCUUCAAGUAUGCAGUUGAGACCCCAACAAAAAUCAGAAUUCAGUGGUUUCACAACACAGGCGUGAUGAUUAUUGAGUUUAACAGUACCAGAGAAUCAAGAGCUUGGGGACUAUGUGGUUUUUGUGAUAGAAGCUUGGAAAAUGACCUGACGCUACCCAAUAGGACAGUUUUAAGCAAAAGUGAUGCUCCAUCGACUUUUAUAGACAGCUGGCAAGUGCCAGACACGUUAAAGUAUGUUGGAGAAGACAGACAUCAGGAAACUAAUUGCUCAGUCAUGGACUGCUCAGAGUGCUUAAGACUGGUGUUGAACCAGACCUUCAGCAGCUGUCAUCCUUAUGUUCCACCUGAGCUAUUCUGUAAUAUAUGGGUUCAAGACACUGAGUACAUUCAAAAUCCAUGUAUUUCGCUAGCUGCCUAUGUGGCAAUGUGCAACAAAUUUAAUAUUUGUAUAGAAUGGAGAAGCUCUGAUUACUGCCCCUUCCCCUGCUCUGAAAACUUCUCCUAUCAGGCUUGUAUAGCUGCCUGUGAGGUUGCAGACAGUUGUCAGAAUAAUGAGGUUGCUUCUCUGGACUCAGACUCCUGCUCAGUGUUGACAGAGGGCUGCGUCUGUGCUGGAGGGACCAUCCUUCACCGAACUUACACUGCUGUGUGUAUUCCUGAAGAAAAAUGUGCUUGUACAGACAGCUCAGGAGCACCUCAUGCAGUAGGUGAGAUCUGGAAAACUUCUUUGAGCGGAUGCUGUAUGCAAAAAUGUGUUGACAGUGAGACCAUUAUUUCAGUGGAGCACAACUGUUCAGAUAUCCACAAUUUAGACUGUCAGCGAUUUGCAGAAGUGGCCUUGCUUGUUCCUGGUGAUCAGACAUGUUGUCCUCAGAAGAUCUGUAUUUGUAAUCAGAGCCUCUGUGAACCCCUAAUCCCUGAGUGUAAUGGCUUGGAAAAGUUGGUCACUUACUACAGUGAAGAAUCCUGUUGUCCCAGCUAUGUUUGCGAAUGUGAUCCAGCAAAAUGUGAACCAAUGGAGCAGUUGCCAAGCUGUCAAGAUGAUCAAACAUUAAUUGCUGCUCGGGUGGAGAGUACCUGCUGCAUUUCCUAUAUAUGUGCAUGCGGGGCUUGCUCUGAUCAAAUACCCAAAUGUCAAGAAGGAGAAGUUCUUAUUGUGGAUGGCAACACUACAGAAAGGUGUUGCCCUACAUACCAGUGUAUUUGUGAAAUACAUCGUUGUCCUGAAUUCAAAUGUAUGCUAGGCAUGUCUUUGGUGGAGGUAUGGAGCCCAGAGAAGUGCUGCCCUUUUCGGACAUGUGAAUGUGCAUGCGAAACGAUUCCCAAACCUCAGUGCAAACUGGGGCAGAAACUUCAGAUAGAUGAACAGUUUCAGAACAGUACAGAAAAUAUCUGUAACUGUGUUAAGUAUAAAUGUGUGAGAGACAAAGUUUGCCUGAGUAAUGAGAGAGGUGUGCUGCUUCCUGGACAGACGAUCGUGGAACACAGUGCAGAUGGCAUUUGCCAUAUUUCUUAUUGUACAAAUGUGAUUGAUCCCUCCACUAAAUACUACCGAAUAAACACAUCUUCAAUAGACUGUGCUGUCAAGUGCAAAGCUAACCAAGUCUAUCAGCCUCCAAAAGAUUUAACAACUUGCUGUGGUAGCUGUAAGAACUUGUCUUGUCUCCACACUUUCCGCAAUGGCACAGUUUCCAAUUUUAAGCCUGGUACUGUUUGGAUUUCAAACUGCAUCAGGUACGAAUGCACUUACACAGCAAUAGGACCAGUUCUGGUUUCCUCUUCAGUGGGCUGCCCACCCUUUAAUGAAACUGAAUGUGUGAAGGUUGGAGGCUAUGUUGUACCAUUCUUAGAAGGAUGCUGCAAAACAUGUAAGGAAGAUGGAAAAUUCUGUAAAAAGGUGACUGUUAGGAUGACGAUCCGCAAGAAUGACUGCAGGAGUAACACACCAGUGAACAUUGUUUCGUGUGAUGGAAAGUGCCCGUCUGCAAGCAUUUACAACUAUAACAUCAACACAUACGCAAGAUUCUGCAAAUGCUGCAGGGAGCUCGGGCUGCAGAGACGAACUGUGCAAUUGUAUUGCACUAGUAAUUCAACCUGGGUCAGCUAUUCAAUCCAAGAGCCUACAGAUUGUUCUUGCCAUUGGUCUUAA